CUAAAUCUCGCGCUGGCAUUACAUUAACCAAUUCCGGAGAUAUCUCGCAAAAAAUGCAAUUUGCUGAUAAAAUCGGGUCCCUAAUUUUACCAGAAUCACUCCUUUAACCAAACAAAAAAAAAAAAAAAAAAAAAAAAAAAAAAAAGUUUUAUGAAAUGGCCACCGGAGAAGCUGGAAGCAGCGGAGGAACCGUUCUUCACGGAAUCGGUGGAACGAUCGAGAACAAAAAUAAUGAUUAUCUUUGUCCAAUUUGUUUCGAAUUAAUUGACGAAGCACACAUAACGAGAUGUGGUCACACUUUCUGCUAUCGAUGCAUCACCAAAUCCCUUGAAGUCAACAGCAGAUGUCCCAAGUGCAGUGAUAUUUUAGGUCAACAGGACAUCUUUCCAAAUUUUCUUCUCAAUGAAUUAGUCUCCAAGUACAAAAGUCGGAUCAAAGGUGUCUCGGAAUUGCACUAUCCUGAUGGAAAAGGCCGCCUCGGUUCUGAAAUUGUUCCACAAAAUGAUCAUCUUCGGGACUUUGUCGCUGCUGAAAGUGCCAAUCUGACAUUGCCGGAUGUCAAUGUGAUGCUCGAGGUUCUCACUCAGAGGAAGCAACUUCUCGAGGCCGAAUCGUGCGCAGCGCAGAACAAGCUCUUGCACGAAUUUCUGGAGAAUGUGCUGCAGCAGAAGGAGGAGCGAGACCGUCAAUUGCACAAGGAAAUUGAUUUGAUCAAACGUGAUAUGGAGGUGGUCGAGAAUAUUCUCCGAGAUGUUCAGAAGAAGUGUCCGAGAGUUGAAGAUUUGAAGAAAUCUGGCGCUAAUGACUCGGAUCAGAUGUCGGACAUCAGAAAGGAGAUGAUCAAUUUGAUAAACAAUAUAGACUCGAGUAUGGUGAAGCCAAGCGAGGGUGACUAUUCGACAAAUCAGAAACAGAACGAAUUCUCUAGCAGCUCUUCUUCAUUGGCAAUUCGACGCAAAAGAAUGCACGCUCAUUUCGAGGAUUUUGUUCAGUGUUACUUUGAUAAUCGGGCAAAGGAGCACUUGUUCAGCCAUAGCGGCAAAAUCCAGGAUUCUACGUGUCAAACGAGCAGUUCAGGAUUGAAUGUCUUUCGGGAGAAUCUCGUGAAAUUCUCAAGGUACAAUUCCCUGCGACCUCUCGCUACCCUCAAUUAUUCUUGGGAUAUUUUCAAUAAUCCGACAAUAGUCUCAAGCAUUGAAUUUGACAAGGACAAUGAAUUUUUUGCCAUUGCUGGUGUCACAAAGCGAAUCAAGAUUUUUGAUUAUGGAGCCGUGAUUCGUGACUCGGUCGACAUUCACUAUCCCUCGGUUCAAAUGGUUUCGGAUUCCAAAAUUUCCUGCAUCUCCUGGAACUCCUAUUACAAAAAUAUGCUGGCAUCCUCGGAUUAUGAGGGAAUUGUGGCCGUUUGGGAUGCAGAGGCUGGACAGAAGACCAAGGUCUUUCAUGAGCAUGAGAAGAGAUGUUGGUCGGUGGAUUUUAAUAAUAUGGACAGUCGACUGAUUGCUUCCGGUUCGGAUGAUGCGAGAGUGAAGCUCUGGUCGUUGAAUAUGGAGUAUUCGGUCGCUUCUCUUGAUGCAAAAGCGAAUGUUUGCUGUGUGAAAUUUAAUCCAAAGAGUUCCCAUCAUUUGGCGUUUGGUUCUGCGGAUCACUGUGUUCAUUAUUACGAUUUGAGGAAUAUGAAAGAUGCGCUCUGUAUCUUCAAAGGACAUCGAAAGGCUGUGUCUUAUGUGAAAUUUCUCAACAGGGAGGAAAUUGUCUCGGCGAGUACGGAUUCUCAGCUGAAAAUGUGGAAUAUUAAUAAUUCGCAUUAUCUGAGAUCGUUUGUGGGACAUGUGAAUGAAAAGAAUUUUGUGGGUCUGGCAACUGACGGCGAUUAUAUUGUCUGCGGUUCUGAAAACAAUGCGGUUUAUGUUUAUUACAAGGGACUCUCGAAGCAGCUUUUAUCGUACAAAUUUGGGGCGGCUCGGAGUCUUUUAGAAUUUCAGGAAAAACGGGAGGAGGAUCUCAAUGAAUUUGUGUCGGCAGUUUGCUGGCGACAGAAUUCAAAUGUUGUUGUCGCUGCCAACUCGCAGGGACUUAUCAAAAUUUUAGAGUUAGUUUAGGAUGACAAUUUUAUUUUUAGACAAAUUCAGAUCGAUUUUUAAUAUUUGGAUCUAAGUUAGGAUGACCAGAAUAUAAAAUAGGGUGGCUCGUGAAGAAGAAGUGAUGGAAAUUAAAAAUAGAUUAGCACUGAAAAGUCUCAUUUUUGAUUCUUUAUAUAUUAUUUUUGUUAUUUCAGGUUUAUUAAAAAGAUGGUUAUUUCAUGGAAAAACGGAAAGUAUUGAAAUUUUCGAAGAUUUUUCAAAAUGGGGCAUAUUUUCUGGAUUAUGUGGUAAAAAUAAUAUUAGCGCUUUAUGCAAAACUGUUCGAAUUGCGAAUUUUUUUAGACUAAUUUUAUUCCAGGCCUGGUCAUUUUAAUUUCUAAAAUCUUCUUUUUUUUUGGAUAAAUUUUUAAUGAGAAAGUGUGCUAAGUACUUAAACAAAUUUUAGGAUAUUU